AUCCUUGCCCACUAUGAAAUGAGUCAUGUUUGCGUGUUUUGUUUCUCCAAAGAAAGCAAUGUGACAAAAUGCAGAGUCAUCCAUUAUUAAAACUAUAUUACUUAUAAUAAUUAUAUACAUCGUACAACUACAUAAACAGAGAAUAGGAAGAGAAGAGACUUGUUUUAUUCAUUUGCUAUUCUCUUCUUCCAACACGUGUUACCAAGCAAUUUAAUGGUGACCCGAUAAGUAUCAAUUAGAACAUUAUACUUUAGGAAAAAAAAAAAUUAGAAUAUUUUAAUAUAUUUUGAACAAAAAGGUCUUCCUUGAAAAGGUACGAUGAUAGUUUCUUGAUUUGGGAGUAAUGAGAUAUUGGGAAAGUGAGUGAUUUCGUUUAUAAAUGCUUAAGCUUACACACAAAUAUAAUAUUAUAUAAAGUGAGGAGUGAGAGAGAUAUAUAGAUAUAUAUUAUCAGAAGGGCUAGAAAGAAUCAUCACCCUUUCGAUUCUGACUAAUUAAUUUCUGGGUUUUGCUUGGUUGGUAAUCACCAUGAAUAAGCUUCUAGCUUGUGGGAAAAUAGCGUCAAGAGCUCCUCAUAGGGUUUCAAGCUUGUUUGGUUCUUUUAGUAUCUCAAGAUCAGUUCAUUCUAUGCCCUUUGCAACCUUAGAAGUUGAAGAGAUUUCAGGUUCACAACCCGCCGAAGUACACAACUUGGUGCAGGGUAAAUGGACAGGUUCUCCAAGUUGGAAUACAAUUGUGGAUCCUUUAAAUGGGGAACCUUUUAUUAAAGUUGCUGAGAUUGAUGAAAAAGGAAUUCAGCCAUUUGUUGAGAGCUUGUCUAAGUGUCCAAAACAUGGGCUACACAAUCCGUUCAAAGAUCCGGAAAGGUAUCUUAUGUAUGGAGAUAUAUCGGCAAAGGCAGCUCACAUGCUUUCCCUGCCGAAGGUUUCUGAUUUCUUCACAAGGUUAAUACAAAGGGUUUCUCCAAAGAGUUACCAGCAAGCUUUUGGGGAAGUUUAUGUGACCCAAAAAUUUCUAGAAAAUUUUUCUGGUGAUCAGGUUCGUUUUCUAGCAAGAUCUUUUGCAGUGCCCGGAAAUCAUCUUGGACAGCAGAGUCAUGGAUUUCGUUGGCCUUACGGUCCUGUUGCCCUUAUUACUCCAUUCAAUUUUCCACUAGAAAUACCUGUACUUCAGUUGAUGGGUGCACUUUAUAUGGGCAACAAGCCCCUUCUCAAAGUUGAUAGCAAGGUGAGCAUUGUCAUGGACCAAAUGUUGAGGCUUCUGCAUUACUGUGGAUUGCCAGAGGGCGAUGUGGACUUCAUAAAUUCUGAUGGAAAGACAAUGAACAAGCUGUUGUUGGAGGCUAAUCCACGAAUGACCCUCUUUACCGGUAGCUCAAGAGUGGCGGAUAAAUUAGCUGCUGAUUUGAAGGGUCGUGUCAAGUUAGAAGAUGCAGGAUUUGACUGGAAAAUCUUGGGUCCUGAUGUGCAAGAGGAGGAUUAUGUCGCCUGGGUAUGUGACCAGGAUGCAUACGCAUGCAGUGGUCAGAAGUGCUCUGCACAAUCAAUUUUAUUUAUGCACGAGAACUGGGCCAAAACUUCACUUAUAACCAAAAUACAAGAUCUUGCUGAUAGAAGGAAGUUAGAAGAUUUAACUGUUGGUCCUGUCCUUACGGUAACAACUGGAGCAAUUCUGGAACACAUUAAUCAAUUGCUUCAGAUACCAGGUUCAAAGCUACUCUUUGGGGGUGAACCUUUAGAGAAUCAUUCCAUUCCCCAAAUUUAUGGUGCUAUUAAACCAACAGCUGUCUAUGUUCCCGUUGAAGAAAUUGUGAAGGACAACAAUUAUGACCUUGUGACAAAAGAAAUAUUUGGACCAUUCCAGAUAAUUACCGACUAUAAGAAAGAACAACUCCCUCUGGUAUUGGACAUUCUUGAAAAGAUGCAUGCACACUUGACGGCCGCUGUUGUUUCAAAUGAUGCUCACUUUCUGCAGGAGGUUAUCGGUAAAACAGUAAAUGGGACAACUUAUGCUGGACUAAGAGGUAGAACAACUGGAGCUCCUCAGAAUCACUGGUUUGGACCAGCCGGAGAUCCUAGGGGUGCAGGGAUCGGGACCCCAGAAGCAAUAAAGCUUGUAUGGUCAUGCCACAGAGAAAUCAUCUAUGAUUUAGGUCCCCUGCCGAAGCAUUGGGAAAUUCCACCAUCUACCUAGAACAUAAAAUAGUCAUGUUGACGAGAGACUUGAGAGCUUAAAGAAAGCUAGUUAGAACUAGCAUAUUACUUGGUGCUUUUUAUACAUUAGCUGCAUGCUGCAGUCAGUGAGAUUUUUUUUGAGUGUAGCAUAGUAGUAUCACUUAUUUACUAAUAAGUUAGGGGUAUUGAGUUCGAACUCAUGCGCUCUCCUUUUUUGCACCUUUCUCUCAUUACUGAGUUAGCCUCUAGUCUUGGUAGCUUUUCUUGAGAUUAGAAUAAAAUCAGAGGAAUCUCUCUUUCUUGCAAAAA